AUGUCAGAAAAACUCAAGGAUGCCGUGCUCACCGAGGCCGGUAACGCCCGGAAAGCCUCUGAGGAGGUAGCGAAAGCCGGCGCCUAUCUCUACCCAUUCAAGGGCGUCUUUUACUUUAUCACCCACAAAGAUCUCUGGGGUCCAUUCAUGUCCCGCGCGGGCAGAACCAUCAGUCUAGGGAUGGGAAUAACGACAUUCAUGUUCGUCUUCACCUAUUUACCUCAAAUGACGAUCAUGGCCUUUACCAGUGGUCCCUUGGCCGCUGUUUCCGCCGCUCUUCUGGUUCUGAGCGAAAGUUCUACGAUCACCAAUCUACUUUCGCGAUCAUUUCUCGUCGAAGAUGCCCUCAUGGAUACCUUUGAUGGAACUCUUAUCGCCCGCGGCCAGGAUUCUCUUGUUGCCGAAGGACGUCAAGUCAAGUCUCGCUCGAGUGGGGAUGCCAUUGCGAGAUUGGGCAAGGUCUUCACCAAGCCUUUUUCCAAGUUGAAGCCCCAGGCCAUUGUACGAUCGUUGAUUCUCCUACCCCUGAAUCUUAUCCCCGUGGUUGGAACAUUGCUGUAUGUCGCCCUUCAAGGAAAAAGGGUCGGCCCAUCACUACAUGCGCGGUACUUCCAGCUCAAGGGGUGGAACGGAUCUCAGUCCGAUGAAUGGGUUAAGCGGAAUCGGGGUGCUUAUACUGGACUUGGAAUUUCAGCUUUUGCCUUGGAGAUGAUUCCCUUCGCCUCUAUUGCCUUUUCAUUUACCAACACCGUUGGAGCUGCGCUUUAUGCUGCGGACUUGGAGGACGCGACCAAAUAA